AUGAUUCGGGUGCCUAAUCAGUCGGAAGAAGCAGAAACCAGUCCGGCCUACUGGGACGCAGGAGACCGUAUAUAUCGCACCUUUUACGUGCUUAAAUAUAGUCCUCAUGGCACAGACGACAGAGUCGAGUGCCCGGCAGGCGGAAUCUCUGUCGACAUCAUCGGCAAUGGCACGAUACGGGCCUCUCAUCUUGGCUCUAUACUUGAAACAUACGGCAUCGACUGGCAUUACACAAUGGAGAAGUACUUUGAGACUGCAUAUCAUUGGUUUCCCAUCAUGAAUCGGCGCAACUUUGAUAGAUUGGUUUCCGCCCGGCUGAAGGACCAUGACCUCGCGGCAUCCCGGCUACAAAGUAUCGCCUCCGCUGAGCAAAUACUAUUAAUCCUAAGCAUGUAUCUUGCGACAAAAUCGGCACGAUACCCAGACACAGACAAUGCCACACUAGAUGCUGCCUACAAGGCGACGAAGAAGGCGUGGGCUUUGCUUUGCUGUCUGUCAGAUCCGGCCAUGGAACUUAUGCAAUGCGGCGCCAUGAUUACUUUAUUUGAACUCGAGUAUGGGGAACCAAGGCUAGCAUUUCGCACCCUGACUGAGACUCUAUGCAUGGCUAGCAUUUUUGGACUUGGGGCGGGAAAACAAAGGACUGACAAGUGCAUAUACCAGAGAGCUCUAUGGUGGACGUUAUUUAUUCUUGACCAAAUUGUCCAUCAGGACCCUUCGACUCAAGAUUUACCAUUCAUCGUCCCACGCCCCGAAGAUGAUGAUUUGUUGCCAAAUACAGGCUAUCUUUGGGAUGGUCGCGCCUAUCGACUAUUUGUCAAGGACAUUCCGUCAAAUACACCAAUUUCCAUCAGCCUCGGCAGUUUUCAGCGAGCUGCGCAAGCGGCCAUUCUCCUGCAUGACGCCCAUCGUUGGCGGUCGAGGCUCUCCCAAGCCUCGGUACUACCCGGCGUGGCCGAGUUUUCAGACUUGGACGAGAAACUUCGUGACCUGCUGAACACAAUGUCGGACGAAUGCGAUACGUGGGAAGUUUGCUGCGGCUCUUUUGCCAUGUGUAUAAGGUCAAAUUACCCCAGAAGGUGGAUUGGCUUAACAUCCUUCCACCGCAGCCCCUUUCGCGCCGACCUCUGUGUCACUGACUGCGCAUAUAGUGCUCUGCUUACCCUCUAUUGCCAUUAUUUGACACCCCAACGCAUCAUGCCAGACGACCAAAUGCGGCACGAAACGGACAAUAAUGUCCAAUUCGCCAAGUUGGCUAUCAAGUUUGCGUUGCAGUUUGUGACUGACAUGGCGUCCCAUUUUAAUAGUCAUCUCGAGAGACAAUCUGACUACUUGACCGCUCUAACUCCUUCCAUCACGAUUACCUUCUUCCAGGCUGCAGAGUCUGCUUUUAAUUUGGACGCUGUGGCUGGGGAUUCUGAAAAAGGCACUGCGGAAAUAUGCAAGGCUCUUCGGACCUUUGCAUCAGUCUCGAGAGCGGCAAAUGUCAUGCUCGACCGCUUGGCAGAAUGUGGUCACACCGUAGUGUAA